ACAUUAGUAUAUAACUGGCGCUAUCAGCAUUCGGAUCUUGUGACCGGCCAUGGUGAAGUUCUUAAUAUUUUCAUUUGUAGUUAUUCCUGUCUGUUUAUCAAAAUCGUCACAACAAAACUAUUUUGACAAGCCAGCAGUAGAAAUGCAUUUGAAAUAUCGUUUUGAUUUGACGCCUGAUGAUUUGAAGAAAGAAUGUAAUGUUGACUUUGAAAAAGAGUGGCAGAAAAUUGGUGCUCCUCUUGAAAAAUUUGAUGAUAUUUACUCUGGUUUCCUUGGAGGGGGACUUGAUUUCCCCGACGAACAAAAAGAAGCUGAAUGGAAAAAACAGUUUUUGCAUAAAUGUCACAACAGUAAACCGUUCAAGAAGGCAGCUAAGCAUGUCAUUAAAACAGCGCUACCAUGCGCCGAGAAAGACAGCCUGGACAAACAUUAUAAAAAUGCUAAACCUUACUUGUGCUAAACCUUGUGUUAAGCUGAACCGCUAAACAAAAAACAAGAUCGAAGCGCCUAAAAAAGUGGCAAGAGAACAAAAGUACAAUGUAUAUGAUGACUUGGAAUGUUUAAAAAAAUAAUAAAUCUAAUUAUUCAAUUAUCCUCUUUACUGUACACGGGCUUUACUGUGAUUUUCCUUGUGUACUACAAAAAAGAAAUAUUGACUUUUGUAGGUGAAUACUGGUACAGAUAUUGUUUUAUUUAUGCAGAUUUGCAAGACGGACACAGCCGCUUGGAUUUAAUAUGUACUAUUAUUAUUAUUGUAACUAAACUAAUUAGCUUGAAAUAAAACGUUGAUACUAA